AUGACUUUACUUAGCCUACCUGUGCUUGUGCUAGAAAAUAUAUUGUCCUAUUUAUCUUACGAUGAAAUCGCUAAGAACAGAUUGGUAUCAAAAGCUUUUAAUGAAAUAUCAAUGCGUAUGUUAAACAGAGGGUUUUUAAUGAUAGAAAGAAGACAUACAUUAGCUCUAAAAAGUGUUAAAGCACAAUUACCAAGACGAGAGUCAGAAAGAAGACAUCACCCAUUGGCUCGGCACUGUGACAUCCUGACGUCAAUAGAGACCCGCAUAUCCAUGCUCAAUAUGACGUACUCUAAGUACAUCGACAAUAGUAUAUGUUGUUUUAUACCAGGGAGGGUAAUAGAUGAGAUAAUACGCGUCUUGCGUAUAGUAGAAACUUCUAAAACUCCCCCAAGAGCCCAUGAAGUGUUGCAAGAGUUACGGGAUAUUUCCAGUAUGGCGAUAGAGCACUUUGAUGACAAAAUAUCGCCGGCUUUUAGAAAGAAAUUGCAAGAGGGUGUACCGCCACCUACUCCUAGACCACCACAAGCGGUUUUAGCCCCAAUAGCAUUACGACAAGAGAUACUACAGUUGAGAAGACGCUCCGUAUUAAAUGCUAAGCUGUCUCUUUAUUUGGCAUCGCAGUACAAGAGAUUUCAUAAACGGAUGUUAGAAUAUAAGAGGGUCGCAUGGGCUCAACAGAAGCAUAUAAGAGAUUUGCAGAAGAAACAAAAGCAACAGGACAAUUGUAUCGCCGAUCUCAAGAAACGCAUAGAGGAGUGUGAUAUAAAAUAUACAGAACUAACUCACACUAACCAAGCAGUAGGAGGUAAAGCUAUAACUGGUGUGCCAAAUGAAGGACCCUCUGGUUCACAACCGUUGAGACAUUUUGGAAGUCAGAUUAAAUUGGAUCUAUCAGUUCUUCCCAUCGGCACUAAUAAGAGGAAUCAAAAUAAAGCUUUGCCCAAUAUUAAGCCAAGGAAAUCGCUAAUUAAACUACCCAGUGCAUCAGAUGAUGACCCGGAUUCGAACCCCGCACCCACGUCAAGUACUAUAAUGAAAACUAUCACAACUUUGGCCAAAAUACGCGGAAUUACAAACGAGUUGAGGAGUUUAAAUAAUCUUUCUAAAACCCUCAAACGUCCGUUGGAAGAUGAUGAAAUACCAUCAAAGAAAUUAAAGAAAGAU